AUGGGGCGGAUACAGGCUGAGAUUGAACUAGAACAGCUGCAGCGGGAAGAGAGCGGGAGCGCCAUGACCGCGAGGAACCAAGUCCGCACGGUGACGGCCGGGUGGUUGGUGGGCGUGAUCCUUGGCUGGGCCGCCGGCUUCGUGCUGGGGUGCCUCUUCUCUCCCGCGCUCGGCUUCAUGAUGGUUCUCCCGUUCGUGUCAGGCGGGGUGAUCGGUGGUCUGGUCUACUCGCAGCUCCGGGACAAGAUCCGAUCGCUGAGCCGGCGACCGAUGCCGAUGGAGCAGGAACAUCAGCAACCGAGAGGUCGGAGCAGAUCUGAAGACAAGCAAGAGUUCUUGCGGCAGCUUCAGGGGCGCUCCGAUCCGUCUGCAACCUACCUACACAUGGGCACGGACGACAGCACCCUUCCCUCCGGAUCUUUCUUGCGAAGAGUGGCGCUGGGGGCGACGCACAUUCUCGUGAGGUCUGCGUUGGAUGUAACGGCGGCUGCGGCCUGCGCGAUGCUGGGCCUUGGCAGGGGCGGCGGUCGAACUCAAGGCCGAUGA